CCCGGCGGCGGGGCGGAGGGGGAGGAUGAAGCGCACGGCGCCCCGAAGCACGCUGAGGAAAAUCCUAAAGACUCACAAGCCGCAGCUGCGCCUGGUGGCGAACGGCGACCUCCUGGUGCAUUUGAACUUCUUACUAUUUCUCCAUCGGCUAGCAGAAGAAGCCAGAACAAAUGCUUUUGAGAACAAAAGUAAAGUAAUUAAGCCUGAGCACGCUAUAGCCGCAGCAAAGGUUAUUUUAAAGAAAAGCAGAGGCUAGAAAAGAGACCACUGGAAUUUCAAAGCAUGUUUUUUCUGUGUUCUCUUUCUAAUAUGAGAACCUCUGAGCCGGCUUUUCACUUAUGGAAGUAUUUAGUUUUAUUGAUGUCUAUUGCCUGACUUCCAGUAUCUUGAUGUUUCUUAAAAGAAAAAUAAAAAAUUACAAUGUGAGUUUUCAUGCACUUCAUGCAUAAUUAUACAAUGUGUGUCACUUGUUAUUUAUGACUUUCAGUGUAACCUAUUUUUUCCAUAAAUAUGGAGGAAUGUGUGUAUACUAUAGUCACUCUUCAGGUACAAUGUGUCACUUUUAAUUAGUGUGAAACUUUUAAAUGAGAACAGUAAUAAAAAUGCAGGCUUCACUACAUCCAUUAUAGAUUAUGCAGAUCAAAGCAGAUUUACUUGCUAAACAAAACUGGGCUUUCAAAACAAUCGAUGUAGAUAGUAGUGUAUUAAAUACCUUGGCUGAAAUGUAUUUAUAAAGGACUCAAUAUUUUUUACAUUCCAUUGAAAAGUGGGCUCAAACUUGCGUGUUCUGGUGAAAGAAUACAUAUUUUUGUCUUUCUAAAUUAUGCUCUGAACUGUUAAGCUGGCUUAUUGUUUGAUGUGGUAUGUGAGAGAAGUUGGUGGUCUCUGAUUCAGUUGGUGUGGAUAGAUGCACACUGUGGAAAAGACCUGGCACAGCUGAUGUUUUUGGAGUUAGAUCCUGUACAAAUAGUGAAGCUAACUCAACAUGAGUACCAAGCUACUUCCUCACCCCUUCUGAGUGUCAUCCUAUCUCCUCAUAAGUCUGAAAAUGUACAUGAUAUAAAAAUACCUUUUUAAAAAUUCAAGUCCUAAUCUAUUCCUAAUGUGAUACUUUAAACACUUGAACACUUUGCUUAAUAAAUCUUUUAAUAAAGAUAAAGUUGAAUCUCACAGUUUGAGCUGAUAAUACAGUUUUGUGGAAUAUAUGGCAGCUGAUCCCUCAUGCACAA